GUUCCUUCGCUUAUAAAUGCCAGUUCCCUUUGUCUUCAAGUUCAAACUAUCCCACUCUUUCUCACUCUCUCAUCAUAAAUGUAUCUCCUCUUCAGUAGUCUGAAAAACAUAAGCUCUUCUCAGGAACACCUUCACCAGAACGCCACUUCCGGGAUGUGGUUGGGGGCGGCAUCAAUGGCGGGCUCCUGGGUAGCUGCUGGUCCAAGCAUUGCUAGCUUCAUGUUUGCGUGGGCUAUGAUUCAACAAUACUGCCCACAGGCAGUUCUUCGGUUCUUUAAGAAAUACUGGCGCAGACUCACGAAUUACUUCCAUCCUUACAUACAGAUAUCGGUCCACGAGUUUGUUGGCGAGCGUCUCAAGCGUAGUGAAGCUUUCGUUGCUAUUGAGUCAUAUCUCAGCAAGAAUUCUUCCCAAAGUGCCAAACGACUCAAAGCUGAGAUAGGUAAAGAUAGCACCAACUUGGUGUUGAGUAUGGAUGAUCAUGAAAAGGUGACGGAUGAAUUCCAAGGAGUAAAAGUAUGGUGGGUUUUGAACACAACAGGGUCACCAUCGAAUUCCAACAAUUCGUAUCCGAGUCCUGAUAGGAGAUACUACUCACUCACUUUCCACAAGAGGCACAGAGAUUUAAUUACAGAGCCAUAUUUGAAGCAUGUCCUGAAUGAAGGGAAAGAAAUCAGAGUGAGAAAUAGGCAGAGGAAGCUGUACACGAAUGGUUCUGGAGGCAGAUGGAGUUACAUGCACACCAUGUGGAGCCACAUAGUAUUUGAGCACCCUGCAACAUUUGACACAAUAGCAAUGGAGGCAGAGAAAAAGCAGGAGAUUAUAGAUGAUUUACUGACCUUCACCAGCAGCAAGGAUUUUUACUCUCGAAUUGGGAAGGCAUGGAAACGUGGGUAUCUUUUGUACGGCCCACCGGGGACGGGGAAGUCUACUAUGAUUGCUGCAAUGGCCAAUCUGCUAAAUUAUGACAUUUAUGAUCUGGAACUCACUGCAGUGAAGAACAAUACAGAGCUUCGGAAGCUUUUGAUUGAGACAACAAGUAAAUCAAUAAUUGUGAUUGAGGACAUCGAUUGCUCACUUGAUCUUACAGGGCAGAGGAAGAAGAAAGAAGAGAAGUCUAAAGAUGAUGAGAAAGAUAAACCCCCUAGGGAAUCUUCGAAGAAAGAAGAUGAAGAUACCAGCAGCAAAGUCACUCUUUCAGGAUUGUUAAACUUCAUUGAUGGAAUAUGGUCAGCCUGUGGUGGGGAAAGGCUUAUCGUUUUCACUACCAAUUAUGUGGAGAAGCUUGAUCCAGCUCUCAUCAGAACCGGUCGGAUGGACAAACACGUCGAGCUUACUUAUUGCAGCUUUGAGGCAUUCCAAGUGCUUGCAAGAAAUUACCUGAAUCUUGAAACUCAUCCGCUAUUUGAUCAAAUCAAAGAGCUGUUCCAAGAUGUCAAAAUUACACCUGCAGACGUUGCAGAGAACCUCAUGCCCAAGUCUCCAAAAGAUGACACUGAGAAGCGCCUUCACAAAUUGAUUCAGACUCUAGAAGGGUUAAAAAAUGCAGCAGCCAUUGGGGAAUCUCAGGAAGUACAUUCAGCGGGUUCAACAAACUGAAGGCUCAUCUCCAGUCGUCUACGGAACAUAAGCUCUGCUCAGGAACAGCUCCACCAGAACACCACUACAACGAUGUGGAUGGGAGCAGCAUCAAUGGCGGGAUCAUGGGCAGCUGCUGGCCCAACCAUUGCAAGUUUCAUGUUUGUGUGGGCUAUGAUUCAACAAUCUUGCCCAGAAGCAGUUCGUCAGUUUUUUCACAAAUACUCACUUACACUCAAGAAUUACUUCCAUCCUUACAUACAGAUCUCAAUCCAUGAGUUUGCUGGUGAACGCCUCAAGCGUAGUGAAGCUUUCAUGGCGGUUGAGUCGUAUCUAAGCAAGAAUUCAUCCCAGAGUGCCAAACGACUCAAAGCUGAGAUAGGUAAAGAUAGCACCAACUUGGUGUUGAGUAUGGAUGAUCAUGAAAAAGUGACUGAUGAAUUUCAAGGAGUAAAUGUAUGGUGGGCUUCAAACAAAACUGAAUCACCAACAAGUUCUGAAGCUCUGUAUCCUGAACCUGAUAGGAGAUUCUAUACACGCACUUUUCACAAGAGGUACAGAAAUUUAAUUAUAGAAACAUACUUGGAGCACGUCUUGAGUGAAGGAAAAGAAAUCAGAGUGAGAAAUAGGCAGAGGAAGCUCUACACGAAUGGUUCUAGUGGUAGAUGGAGCUACAGUCACACCAUGUGGAGCCACAUAGUAUUUGAGCACCCUGCAAAAUUUGACACAAUAGCAAUGGAGGCAGAGAAAAAGCAGGAGAUUAUAGAUGAUUUACUGACCUUCACCAGCAGCAAGGAUUUUUACUCUCGAAUUGGGAAGGCAUGGAAACGUGGGUAUCUUUUGUACGGCCCACCGGGGACGGGGAAGUCUACUAUGAUUGCUGCAAUGGCCAAUCUGCUAAAUUAUGACAUUUAUGAUCUGGAACUCACUGCAGUGAAGAACAAUACAGAGCUUCGGAAGCUUUUGAUUGAGACAACAAGUAAAUCAAUCAUUGUGAUUGAGGAUAUUGACUGCUCACUUGAUCUUACAGGGCAGAGGAAGAAGAAAGAAGAAAAUUCCAAGGACGAUGAGAAAGAUAAACCAUCCAAGGAAUCUUCGAAGAAAGAAGAUGAAGAGACCAGCAGCAAAGUCACUCUCUCGGGAUUGUUAAACUUCAUUGAUGGAAUAUGGUCAGCCUGUGGUGGGGAAAGACUUAUCGUUUUCACUACCAAUUAUGUGGAGAAGCUUGAUCCAGCCCUCAUUAGAACGGGUCGAAUGGACAAACAUAUUGAGCUUUCUUAUUGCAGCUUUGAGGCAUUUCAAGUGCUUGCAAAAAAUUACUUGACUUUAGAGACUCAUCUUUUGUUUGAUCAAAUUAAAUAGCUGAUCAGAGAUGUCAAAAUUACACCUGCAGACGUCGCCGAGAACCUCAUGCCCAAGUCUCCAAAAGAUGACCCAACGAAACUUCUUCACAAAUUGAUCCAGACUCUAGAAGGAGUAAAAAGCGCAGCAAUCAUUAGGGAAUCUCAAGAAGUAAAUCCAAUGGAUUCAACCAACUGAUCUUUAGUGCCAAACUAAUGGCCCAAUCCCCCAGUUGAAUUUAGCUCUCUGCUUUGUGUUCGUCAGGUUGGGUUUUGGGGUCGAGGGAACUUGAUGAGAAUAAAAAAAUUAUUUUCUUUUAUGAUCGCUGAUGAUGCUACUGUCAUUUAGAAUUCUAGCAUAAUCAGAUACCUAAUCCAUACUCAGUCAAUGGCCGAAUUCAGCCUCAAGGCAUCAAUACAUUAAAUUUAACACUUGAACUGCAGCCAAAGCAUCCGGAUAAAAAAUAGUCAUCUUGGCAAAUAACCAACACCGAAUCAGUAUAUUUCCAUAUGUUUGAAGGUGAGAAACAUUUGUCAUCAUAAAAUAUAAUAUGAAAAUCAUACAAUCAUUUCAGUUAUAGAAUUGAGUGAACGCUGACUGAACUCAUAACAAAGCCUUUGCAGAAGAAAAAUCGUAUCAAUUUCCUAAAGAAUCCUAACAAAUUAUCCCUUACUAUCGACAUAACAAUUUUUAAGCUGCAAAAUGCAUAUAAAAUGGCUUUGGAACUUGGUCCAUCGUCCAUAAAAAAGUUUGAAUCACAAAUUCACCCAUAUGGGUAAGGCUUUCAGCAGAAAAAAACGUUAAAGAUUAAUUCAGUUGUUUUGACAUCGUUGAUCAUAGUGUUCAGAUCAAUAAGCUCUAAGCUCGUAUUUUCU